GUGUUUCUCCUUGCAGUAUGGCGGCGCGCGCUGCGGAGGAGGACGAGUAUCUUUAAACUGCGCGUCAUUUCACUCGGAGCACUUUAUAUUCACUUUGGAUUUCCACUUGGACCAGGGCGGGACUUCGGUGACAACCGGUAGACUAACCCGAGUUUCGUAAAAAGAAGAAAACCAGAAACGCUAAGUGCUGCUGCGACGGAGAGUCGACUCUGAGUCUAUUAGCACAGGUUGCUACGCUAGCUCAGCCUUAGAGACUUAGCGCGGCUAAGCUAACGUGUUUACGCGGAUUAGACUGAGCGUCUCGUCUUUCCAAGUUCCUGACGUGUAGUUUGACGCCUAGGAGAAUCACACUGGGUACGAUAUUCAGGAAUUUAACGCGAAGUUGACGACCUCGCGAGCUCGGUUUUACUUCAAGUAGCCAUAGUUUGUGCUAGCGCGCUCGUGCACUUAACGUUCUGCGCUAACAUGCCGGACAAACACUUCAUUCUGUAUGUGUGGCCCGGUUAAGCGUUAUUUAGCGUGUCUGGUAAACGUGUUUAGACGGGUUUCAUUUGGUCUCAGCUAGCUAAUUCCGAAUUUAGUGGCCUUAAUUAUUCCGACCGUGUUUGCGAAUCGUUUCCACUGAAAGCAGCGCGAGUCGACUCCUCAACCAACCGAGCCAACAGGUUAACCACCCAGCGCGAGACGUCUCACGUUGUAUUUAUAUCGGCUUUAUUGGGAUUGGGAAAGAGUUCACCAUUAGGUUUCUGAUGAGGCUCGUUUGGUCGAGUAAACACGCCCAUGCGUGUUAAUGUAAGGCGAUGCAAAGUUUGGAGCUGCGGCCCCUGGAUUGCGUUUAACAUCAUGGUGGAUUUGGAAGUCAGGAUUACCACAAGAAGCAGAAGGAGGCUCGUAGAGGACAUGAUGUAGGAUUGUUUUUUUUCCUUCUUCUUCGCAGUAUAUGAUGCAUAUUUAUUCGGGACCCGCAAGCAAAACGCUACUCCUUUAUUACUAAAAUAUAUAGAUAUAUAGAUAAAUAUUUAUAGUCAGGCGUAUCAGAAGGUGUCACUCUGGAGCAAGAAGCCCUGCCUUUCUCCUCUGGUUGGAGUAAUACACUCAAGGCGUCAUCAAUGCCUUCGGCGCUGGCCGUGUUCACCUGCCGCCCGAACUCGCACCCGUUUCAGGAGCGCCACGUCUACCUGGACGAACCGGUGAAGAUCGGGCGCUCGGUCGCGCGCUGCCGUCCGGCCCAGAACAACGCCACCUUCGACUGCAAGGUGCUCUCAAGGAACCAUGCCCUCGUCUGGUUCGACCACAAAACAGGCAAGUUUUACCUCCAGGACACCAAAAGCAGCAAUGGCACCUUCAUUAACAGCCAGCGCCUGAGCCGGGGCUCUGAGGAGAGUCCGCCGUGCGAGGUGCUCUCCGGUGACAUCAUCCAGUUCGGCGUGGACGUAACUGAAAACACGCGCAAAGUCACUCAUGGCUGCAUAGUGUCGACCAUCAAACUCUUCCUUCCAGAUGGCAUGGAAGCUCGACGGCGAUCUGAUGUCAUUCAAGCACCACUACCACUACCUGUUGAUAAGGUUGCUGCAAAUACGCCCAGUAUGUACUCUCAGGAACUGUUUCAGCUGUCCCAGUACCUGCAGGAGGCCUUACACAGGGAGCAGAUGCUGGAGCAGAAGUUAGCCACUCUGCAGAGGCUCCUGGUCAGCACACAGGAAGCCUCUGAGAGCAGCUGGCAGGCUUUAAUUGACGAGGACCGGUUACUCUCCAGGUUGGAGGUGAUGGGAAACCAGUUGCAGGCGUAUUCAAAAAACCAAACGGAGGAUGGGAUCCGAAAGGAGCUGGUAGCCUUAACGGAGGACAAACUAAAUUAUGAGACUACGGCCAAAGAGUCCCUGAGGCGGGUUCUUCAGGAGAAAAUUGAAGUGGUUAGGAAGCUGUCUGAAGUGGAGCGAACUCUGAGUAACACAGAAGAUGAAUGUACGCACCUGAAGGAGAUGAACGAGCGAACUCAGGAGGAGCUCCGAGAGCUGGCCAACAAGUACAACGGAGCCGUGAAUGAGAUAAAAGAUCUCACUGACAAGAUCAAGCUGGCUGAGGGCAAGCAGGAGGAGCUCACACAGAAAGGUCAGAACGAAAAGAAGGAGCUGCAGCUGCGAAUCGAGGAGAUGGAAGAGAAAGAACAAGCACUUCAAGCGCGCAUCGAGGCACUACAGGCAGACAACGACUUUACCAACGAGAGGCUCACAGCUCUUCAGGUCCGGUUAGAGCAACUGCAGGAGAAAAGCAUAAAGGAAAACAACAGUUUAGACCACUUUCUUUUAAAGAGUGGAGGGGAUUGCACUUUAAUCCAACAGUUCAUUGAGUGCCAGCCCGUGAAGCAGCUGAAAGGAGCCGUGGAUUCUUCAAUUCACAAACUGUCAAACUUUGACGAGGUUAUAGACGCACAUCUUCAGAACAACCAAACAGAUGACAACAGCUUCACCACUCCAGAGAAGCUUAAAGUGGUGUCUUCCAACCUGCCCACAGAAAAUCAGAUAGAUGCUAAAGAGUCUGAUAUGUCAGACACUCUGAGCCCCAGCAAGGACAAAAGCAGUGACGAUACUUCAGACGGACAAAUGGAUGAACAGGAGCUGAAUGAGCCACAAAACAGGGUCGCCAUGAUUAAAGAUGAGCUCCAAAGGGCCAACCUGGAGCCUGGAGACACGGAGCAGGUCAUCCAUCAGUUGCAUAGCGAGCUAAUGGAGGCACAGGAGCUCGCCAACACUGGCAAGCAGAAAUGUCUUGAGCUGCAAGCUCUGCUUGAGGAGGAACGGAGAACCAACAGGCAGCAGACUGAGGAAUCAUCUAAACAGAUCCAGUACCUCCAGAGCCAGCUCGCCAAGCUGCAGUCGGACAUGGAGGCGCUGCGUGAGCAGAGAGAGAACACCAUCUCCAACACACGGGAGGAACUCUACAGCGCCCAAGAAGAGGUGCUUGUGCUCCGGCACGCCAUGGAAGCAGCCAUGGCCGAGAGGGAGCGCGACAUCGCCGCCCUGCAGGGAGACCUCGCGGCUGUCACAGCUGAACUCGACAAGUGGAGAAAAGCAGCGGCUAACUACGAGCUAGAGAUCAGCUCCCUGCAGGAGAACUUCAAGCUGCAGAGCCAGCACCAGGAGCGAGCAGUACAGCUACAAGGUGAACUAGAGAAGCUUCAGGCCGAGUGCUCGACCCUGCAUAAAGAGUGUGAGUCUCUGCGCUCAGAGAAACUAACUUUGCUGGAGAAACUGCACAGGCUGGAUGUGGAGCUCAGCAGCUCAAAGGAGCAGAGUGCCACCCUGAGCAGCAACCUGAACGCUCUGGAAAAGAGCCAGGGCGACCUGGAGAACAAACUGGGCUCUAUACAGGACCAGCACCAGCAGGACGCCAGCAGGCUGAAGGUGGAGCUCGCCCAGGCCGAGACCCGCACCAAGAGCUUGCAGAAAGAGUAUGAGGACACUCAGUGCCAGCUGUCAGACCUGCGGCAGAGGUAUGAGCAGACCGAGCAGGAGAAGCGCUCCAUUAAUGAUGAGCUGGAGCAGUGCAAGGUCAAUCUAAAGCUACUGCAAGAGCAAAGCAAGAAUAGAGGAUGGAUGCCCUGGAUGCCAGUGGUUGCUGUGAUGGUCGCCGUGGCAGCGGCGGUGCUGUAUCCCAGUCUAUCCAAGAGCUCCUCUUGAGGCAGAUAUCCAAUCACAACACAGCGCGGCUCACCUUGUCACAAUAAUGUCUGUUUUAAUGUUUUAAUUCUGAAGUCAGGCUCGUUCCAGACUCAUUACCUCUGAACGUGAGAAUGCAGCUCCAGGGUCUCUCUCUGUCUCUCUCUCUCUUUCUCUCUGCAAGAGGAGUGCUGACUGUAUAAAGUGCAAAUGUACAUAAUCAAGAAAAAGAGGGGGUAUAAAUGGGUCUAACUUCUGUUAUAGAUAAAAUAAAUAUAUAUGCUUUUUCAGUUAGAUGGGAACCUUGAUAAUUAAUUAAUUAAAGUGGCCUAAACUAGGCUGUUUUUUUUUUUUUUUCUUCCUCAUGGGUACCAAAUGUUUUCUGUUCACUUUUUGUUUGUGUGCGUGUGUGUGUGGUUUGCCAUGUUAGAUGUUAAUGUGGUAUUCCGAAUAGAUGCAAAGCCAAAUUAUAAUCUUCAGAUUAGGCACAAUGAGGUGAAGUGCCUAAUUUAACUACUACUAAAUGUGUAAUAAACACGUACUCUCACACACAUAUGCAUUUAAAUUUUUUUAUUUAAUUUUUUUGUCCUCAUUAAUGUGCCACUCAUGCUCCACUAAUUCGUGCAGUAUUUCAUUUGGUUGAAAAAAAGAAAUAAAACAAAUAGUUCAGUCCCAUGUGCUUUGAUUGUGCGUUCCAACUGACCUGUCACUCCAUUAAGCAGCACAGUAAGGUUGAUGUACUCUAGCAUAGUUUUCUUUGUAUUGUAUAAUUUAAAAGAAAAUAUUCUUGAGAGACACUACAGGACUUUUCUAAUUCAGAUUCCUUCAAGAUGUACAGGCUCGGUGAAGAACAUUUGACUUGGAUGUAUUGUAGCUUUUAAGAACACACUGUCCUCCCGUUGGGAUUUGGUGGGACUCCUUUCUCUUUCUUUCUCUGUCUGUCUCUUUCUCUCCGUGUUUUUUGAAGAUUCAGGCUUGUCAUUGAGUGCUGCAGGUCCUCAAUUAACAUAUACAGACUGUUUUUCAGUACCUCCUGAACAAGGCUCUAAGAUCUCGCUGCCUUAUCUGUAACGUCGAGAUCUUAUUUUUUUCCUUUUUCGUUAAGUGCUAAAUUGUAGGGGUUGUUAAAAUGUCUACUUUAUCUGAAGCACAGUAACAGAGUGGAUUUCUUUGAUGUAAUUAACGGGUUAACGGGGACAAAUCAAACUCUGAGUCAGAACGGAGCAGUGUUCUGGAGAGAAAUAACCAAUGAUUUAUAUGGUGUUGGUUCACAUUUUGUCUGCUGUGCUGUAAAUAAACACUCGGUCAUGGAGCGAAUGGCCUAACGUUCCACCUUGUCAAUAAAUGUCCUUUUUUUAUUUUA